UAUGGUUGAAGCAAUCAAGAAGAUGCUUGUAAAGAGAAAGGGUCUAGGUGACCCAGACUUUGAAAAACAUGUUGAAGAUGUUGUAAACGAUAUGCUCUCUGACGACACAGCAACAGAUUUGAAGGGCCAAAUAGAUGAUGACAAAGCUAGCGAUCCGUGGUCUCAUCUUAAAAGGUUGAGGCUACUUCGUGACCAUGGCACUAGUCACUUGUGCGUCGUCGGUAGGCACAGGGGCGCAGUUUCUAUGACUACCUCUAUUAAUGGCUUAUUUGGAGCAUUGUUUAGGUCUUGUAAAACAGGGAUAAUACUCAACAAUCAGAUGGAUGAUUUCAACAUCCCUACAGACAUUUCAAAUCCCACUAUACCUUCAGCAAGUGCAAACUACAUCGAGCCAUUUAAAAGGCCCUUAUCCUCCAUGAUGCCCACCAUAUUUCUCAAGGAUCAAGAACUUGAGGGUGUGAUUGGUGGAAGUGGAGGACCGAGAAUAAUUCCUACAACUAUACAGGUCCUCUUGAACUAUUUUAUUCAUCAAUUGGACCCAGGUUCUUCUGUUUUUUCACCUAGACUCUACCAUCGGCUCCUACCGAAGACUUUAGAAUACGAAAACUGGGACACAGUGACUAAUUAUCACAUCGAAAUGCCCAACUAUGAUAGGUUGGUCCUGAAAAGUAAAGGUCAUCUUAUUAAAGCAGUAUCAGACAUGUCGCACUGCCAAAUUGUGAUCCAGGACCUAAUAAAGGGACAGCUCACUGCCGUAAGUGACCCAAGAAAGGGCGGGACCCCUGCUGGUUACUAAAAUAAUUUCUAUUUCCAUUGUACCUUUACUGCUAAGUUAUUGGCCUUCUUAUGGUUUGGGCUCAAUAAUGAGUAUCUCGUUAAUGGCCUUCUUAUGGUUUGGGCUCAAUGAUGAGUAUCUCCCUUGUUUUUCUUAAUAAUGUUUAAGGCUCCUGAUAUUACUUGGAUUUGAACACUUUGUUUGUUAGUUGGAUCUGUUAUCAAGUUUACUGCUAUUUGGAUUUGA